AUGAAGGAUAAAGAUGGCGGCGAGGUCGUUGCCCCGACAAGAAUUCCCUAUUGGCGCUUGGUUGCCGACCAAGCUGGAAUCACACCAGAGGUCCUCAACCACCAGUAUGCCGGCUCUGGCACCGAACAAGACCCAUAUCUGGUCCAAUGGAUCCCCAACGACCCUCGAAACCCCAUGGGCUGGAGCAAACCAAAAAAGUGGUUCAUCACAAUGAUGGUAUCGCUUACAACACUGGCAGUGGCGUUGCUUUCCUCGGCAUAUACUGGAGGCAUCCGCGAGAUUAUUGAAGAGUUCGGAAUAUCGCAAAUCGUCGCUACCCUUGGCGUCUCACUCUUCGUGCUCGGUUUUGCUAUCGGACCCCUGAUGUGGGCUCCGUUGAGUGAACUGUUCGGCAGACAAUAUCUUUUCUUCGGCACUUAUAUGGUGUUGACAGCGUUCAACGCUGGCUGUGCCGGAGCGGAUAGCGCUAGGACUUUGAUCAUUCUACGCUUCUUCGCCGGGGCUUUCGGCUCAUCACCUCUCGCGAACUCGGGCGGCGUCAUCGCAGACAUGUUUCCGGCAGCCGAGAGAGGUCUGGCGAUGGCGCUCUUUGCAGCCGCGCCCUUCCUCGGUCCCGUCAUCGGUCCUAUUGCAGGUGGUUUUCUCGGAGCUGCCGCUGGCUGGCGCUGGGUUCUCGGGUUCUUGGCGGCCUUCUCUGGGACUCUUUGGCUUGUAGGGACUGCUCUUGUGCCUGAGACGUAUGCUCCGUACUUGCUUCGACAAAGGGCGGCGAAACUGUCCAAGAUGACAGGAAAGUGUUAUAUGAGCAAGAUGGAGCACGAUCAGGGCAAAGUCAAGCUUGCAGAGUCUUUCAGAAACGCGUUGCUGCGUCCUUGGAUUUUGCUGUUCCGGGAGCCCAUUGUCUUCCUGCUCAGUCUUUACAUGGCCAUCAUCUACGGAACGCUCUACAUGCUUUUCGCCGCCUUCCCUAUUAACGGGGUUGGUCUCAAGGAAUCGGCGGCUUAG